GUUUUUAGAAGCUGGAGUUUAUCCGAUCCACCAACAGCCGUGCCAUGUUUUUUUGUAUACACUGACUUGUGUUAUCUGUCAAGCAAAGAUUAAUUCUUGGUAAUCUCUCUCGACUUGGUGGAAAUGCACGGCAGAUACAGCGGAUCGUUCUGAACAGGAAGUAUACCUCGGAUACACGUCCGAUACAACGGAUCAAUCUGAUCAGGAUGUGCUUAACCAAUUUAUAGCGAAUUAUUCUGAUCAGAAAGUGCACGGACAAUUUAGCGGAUCAUUCCUAUCAGGAAGUGCACAGCAGAUACACGGCCAAUAUAGCGGAUCACACUCACGUCUGAUCAGGAAGUACACGGCCAAUAUAACGGAUCAAUCUAAUCAGGAAGUGUACUGCCAAUAUAGCGGAUCAUACUAACGUAUAAUCAGGACUCACGUCUGAUCAGGAAGUACACGGCCAAUAUAGCGGAUCAAUCUAAUCAGGAAGUGCACGACCAAUAUAGCGGAUCAUACUUACGGCUAAUCAGGAAGUGCACGGCCAAUAUAGCGGAUCAAUCUAAUCAGGAGGUGCACGGCCAAUAUAGCGGAUUAAUCUAAUCAGGAAGUGUACGGCCAAUAUAGCGGAUCAUUCUCACAUCUGAUCAGGAAGUGCAUGACCAAUAUAUCGAAUCAAACCUACAGAAAGUGGAUAGCGGAUACAGAGGGUCACACUUAUCAGAUAUUAAGAUGUUGUGUAGUGAAUCUCUACUUUUUUUAAUCGAAGUACAUGUUACGCGUUCAGUCAUUUUGUUAGAAUGUUUUGUCAACAAUGACUACAUUGUAAUAUCUUAGCGUCACAAAUGUUUUAUUCAAUUCCUUUCACCUGGAGGGCUCUCAAAGGAGCAAGUAACUCUGGUAAUUUGCACGUAUAUUAUAUAAUACAUUACAAUUUUUUGUUUAAAAUUUGACACAAUUUUGGUCCGCUUUGCACGCCAUACAUCUCUACGCCGGCGUUCGAUUUCCGUAAAGCGGAGAGAAAAAGAGCUUGAUUGCAUGUAUACACAAACAUUCACAGUAUGUAAUUGGGCCGCGCACUCAAGGAGAGAGCGUUUACCCCCGUGUCAUUCCUGUCAUGCUCUCCACAGAUUCCUUAUUAAGUUUCACAAUGUUCCAUCAGUUGAUUGGGUUUUAACAUUCAGUGACAACUAGAAUUGUGUUUUGUACUCUGGUAGUGAGUGCACGCGUCAUGUCAAACACGACUCUUGCACUUAGCAUAAUCCUCGUCCCUUGCAUAGUGUUUGGGAGUAUUAUUUGGCUUCUUCCUUGGAAAAAGACAAACUUUCAAAAAGAUGUCGAAGAGGAUUUAAGAGUGGGUGAAGCGAUGAAUGUUUUAAAAAUAUCUCACAGUGAUGGAUAUAUCUUAAAAAGAAAACAAGCCGAGGAAGCCGAAAAAUUAUUAAGGACUAAACUGGCAUGGCUCCCUAGAAAUUUCACAGUGCCAAACAUCUUUCUUCAAUCCGACAAGCAAAUUGUCUUUAUGCAGGAAGGAAAGAAAGAUAAUCGAACACUCGUGUUUGUUCAUCAUCCACGGGCGGCUGGGGGUCACGUGAUAAACUGUCUGAACAAGUUUUCUUAUACCAAAAAUAUGGCUAUGUCACCAGUGAUGAAUUCCAAAACCAGGUUACUAUGGGAUGCCGGAAAUCCUGAUACUGUUACAUUUCAAAAUCGAAUCAGCAUCCAUCGAGGGGGGUAUGCGUUUGGAGUUUGCGAAAAGCUUCAACGAAAUUGUCACUACUUUACUAUGUUUCGUGAUCCUUUUGAUACUAUGGUAUCUUUAUACCAGCAUUGCCUUGAUAUAGGAACACAUGAAUAUUGCUCACUUUUAAAAUCGAAAUUUGUAUCUUUGCGCGACUGGAUUAUUGAAAAUAGCGGACUUUUGUUAAACCAGUUUUUGUACUCUUCUCACAUUUGUCUCGCUCAUCGCUUAGAUUCCUCUACAGAGACUUUGAAAUAUCCGUGCUGGCACCGACAAAAACUGGAAAACGAUAGAUUAACUGACAAAGAAAAAGAAAACGUUGCUAAUUAUAUAGCCCGCAAUCUGAGGCGAUGGUUCUCAGUGAUAGGGGUGUUCGAUAAGUGUGACGAAUCCAUGGCUAUGUUUGAGCAUGCUCUUGGAGAAACUUUCUCAAAAUGUUCUUCAAACAGAAAUGUGAGGUCAUUUCAAGAGGAGACAAUGAUGACAAACAAAGCUCAUUUAUUGUCUAACGAAGACAAGUUGUCUGAUGACGAUGACAGCGAGGAGUAUGAAGAUGACAUUGACAUGCUUAGAGACGAUUUCUACGUACAAAGGGCUCUGUCGCCCUCUAACACGAUUUAUGCAGAGGCUAAACGGGUAUUUAACAUUCAGAGACAAAUUUUAUACAAUAAAUUGAAUAGCAACUGAU